AAGCUUUCACAGUGGCGCUGUAUUACAGUUUUAUUUUGUGCGAGUGUAUUUACAUAAUUUAGGAUUUAACAAUAAAACUAUUCGGUUUGUAAAAAGUGCGAUUGUUUUCAAGUGUUCGUAAAAUCUACUGGACAUUAUCGAGAGAGUCUUUGGCGAAACUCGGAAAGAUUCGCGACAAUAUCAAAUACACCGAGCUGGUAGAGACGAGUAACAGCAUUCCUUGGAAAUAUUGAUGAUUGAAGCUGUGAAAAUGUUGAGAAAAGCUACGAAAACAGCGGAGCGUCGCACCGUCCAGCCGAGCGGGACAAGGCACUAGCGGCGGCGGGAGACGCGGUGGCGGCGUGAGGGCUGCGCCGACAUGAGCGCGGGGGCGGUGCGCGGCGCCGGCGACUCGCCCGGCUCCGACGGCGACAUCACGCGACUCUUCCCCAAGUGCCGCCCCAAGAUGCAGCAAGACAGACUGAACUCCGGCCUGGAGGGUCGGGACAUGAUCAGCAUUAACAACGUGUCCUCGGACGAGGAGCGGGAGGAGCCCGUCAUCCUCAACACCAAGGGCGGCAGCUACAAGCUGAGAGACUCUAGCGAAUUAUCUACCAGGAUAAUAGAGAUAGCAGGAGGUAGGGAGCUGUACUCGCAGAGCCGGGCGAAGGCGGUGCGGAAGCUGCGACACAACAAUACACACAAACACAACCUCAGGAACAAAAUCAGGUCACUCAACAAGGAUGAGUACGCGACGGACAAUAUUAGUAAUGAGAUAUCACUGAAUAGAAUAAACAAUGAGAGUAAAAAGAUGAUAUCUCGGCACACGUCACCGACAUACACGAACGGUGACCGAGAGAUCGAGAACAACAUGGGUAUACCGAAAAAUAGUUCCCCCAUACUCGACCCCCACAAAAAGAACGACGUCUCCACCAAAAGCAGCCCCAUAGCGGUGGUGGCUGACGGGGAAGUCGUCGUUUUUGACGACAGCGACGAUUGGAAAGUGAUAUUGAAUUCUGUGUCCCUAGGUUUGAGGAUGGACCCGGAUGCUAGCGAUGACGAGAUAGAUUUGAGUGUUAAGAGGACUUUAGACAAUAUGAAGAACGGUGAUAGUGAGAUUAGGAGUGAGAGUGGAAGUGGAUCGACUCCCUCGCGGGAGAGGCUCAGCGAGGGCAGUCCCACGGGGGCCUGGCUCUCGGGAGAUGAAGACAAGAGGGUCACCAGGGUGAUAGGCGAGCUGCCGAUAGCGGAGUACGAGGGGUCGCCGCGACGGUACGGCAUCGGACAGAAGAUGCCCGUCAGAUCGCCCAGGCCGGGAUUUCCUCAGCGGGUGGUAACAGAGAGCAGGGACGCGAGCCCGCCGCCCACCGCCGCGGCGUUCGACUACAUGUACGAGUUCUCCGAGACUAGGAAGGUGCUGGAGGAGUUCUUCCGGUGCCCCACAGGCGGACACCAGAACGACGAGAUCGUUAACUUCCAGGAGCUGGACUACGAGCUCCGGAGGCACACGCAGGAGUGCGGCUCAGAGAACGGUAUUGAGAGCGAGAACGAGUGGCCGCAGGACAACCUGGACUCGCCGCACGCCGCGCACAACCACACAGACUUCCUCGGCCUGCAGCAGCCGGGCGUGCGGUACGCGGCGCCGGACAUGUCGGCGCUGCGGGCGGCGGACGCGUCGCCGGCGGCCCGCGCGCCGCUCACGCCGUUCGCGCUGUCGUCCGCCGCGAGCGACUCCCCGUCUGAGCUGUCGCUCGCCAUCAUGGAGAGCGAGCUGUCUGAGAUGAAAGUUCAAAUAGACUCGAACCGCGUGUCCAGUCUGCCCAUCGUGGAGGAUGGGCUGUCUUCGGGCCACGCGUCCGACACUGACAAUAAUAACCAAUUGAAUCACUCUGUACAGAUAGAAGAAAUUGUAGAUAGCGGAACUAAUACCGACCCCCACAUGCUGUCCGACGCCGACCUGCACUCGCUAGACCCUCUCGCGUCAGCGCCGCCGCCGCCCGCGCCGGCGCCGCACCGACCGGACGCGCACGCACACACGCCACGACACAACGACGUCUACCCCAGGAAAAGGCCAUCAUCAGCACAGAGCACAGAAUCUGCUGAGAUCAAACCGGCGAGCGGCGAUGAAGAUGAAGCCGACACGGAUCUGGAGACGGACAGACUGCUGGGCCAGCAGAGAACUGAUGAUCAGGGAUUCUUCGACGAUAAGGGGUGGCGCAAACCCAAGUCCCGGACGGUGAUGCCGGCGGGGGGCGGGGCGGCGCGCGAUCACGCCCACGAUGCGGACCACGACGACGCACUGCAUAACGGCAAGGACAAGGAAAACAAGAAGAAGAGUAAAAACAAGGAAGACCUGGCUUCAGUCCUGAUAGAAGGCGUGCUGUUCCGAGCCCGAUAUCUCGGCUCCACCCAGCUGGCGUGCGAGGGCCAGCCCACCAAAGCCACGAGGAUGCUGCAGGCUGAGGAGGCGGUGUCGAGGAUCAAGUGGGGCUGCGAGGGUCCGUACUCGGGCGUGUACGCGGCCCCGGCGGCGGUGUUUCGCCUGUCUUUCCUCGGCUCGGUCGAGGUGGAGGAGGACUCGCGGCGCCGCAAGAAGCGCCCCAAAAAGAAUAUGGUGGAGGAGGCCGUCACUAAGAUCAAGGCGUUGGCUCCAGAAGGUGAAAACCAGCCGAGUACAGAGGUAGAUCUCUUCAUAUCGACUGAGAAGAUUAUGGUGCUGAAUACGGAACUAAAGGAGAUUAUGAUGGACCAUGCGUUACGAACGAUCUCGUACAUAGCCGAUAUAGGAGACCUCGUAGUGUUGAUGGCUAGACGACGCUUUGUGCCUCACGAGACAGACUCCGACCAACCGAAACUAAACCGUACGCCGAAGAUGAUAUGUCACGUUUUUGAAAGUGAAGAGGCACAAUUCAUAGCCCAGUCCAUCGGGCAGGCAUUCCAAGUUGCGUACAUGGAGUUUCUCAAGGCCAACGGCAUUGAAGACCACAGCUUCGUGAAAGAGAUGGACUACCAGGAGGUGCUGAACAGCCAAGAGAUAUUUGGGGAUGAACUGCAGAUGUUCGCUAAAAAGGAGCUGCAGAAGGAAGUGGUGGUGCCGAAGACCAAGGGCGAGAUUCUGGGAGUGGUGGUGGUGGAGUCCGGCUGGGGCUCCAUGCUGCCCACCGUCGUCAUCGCCAACCUCGCGCCCGCCGGCGCCGCCGCGCGCUGCGGACAUCUCAACAUAGGUGAUCAAAUAAUCGCGAUCAACGGCGUCAGUCUGGUCGGUCUGCCGCUGUCCACCUGUCAGACGUACAUCAAGAACAGCAAGACGCAGACUGUGGUGAAACUGACGGUGGUGCCGUGCGCCCCCGUCGUCGAGGUGAAGAUCAAGCGGCCAGACACCAAGUACCAGCUCGGGUUUAGCGUGCAGAAUGGUGUGAUAUGCAGUCUCCUCCGCGGCGGUAUCGCGGAGCGCGGCGGCGUGCGCGUCGGCCAUCGCAUCAUCGAGAUCAACUCGCAGAGCGUCGUCGCCGUGCCGCACGAGCGCAUCGUCAACCUGCUGGCGACGUCCGUCGGCGAGAUAUUGAUGAAGACGAUGCCGACGUCGAUGUUCCGGCUGCUGACUGGGCAGGAGAACCCCGUGUUCAUCUGAGCGCCGCCACAAGUGCCUGCUACCCCCGCCACGCCCCUCGCCACACCCCGCACCGCCCCCUCACACACACAUCUUUGUUACCCACACAUACGCGUACCUAACCUAACACGUAUCCCUUUAUACCCACACUUAGGCCUGAACCUAACACGUGCCUAGGACUUAGGACUCAUUUUGCUCUGAUAUGCCAUAAUAAUAUUAUGACAUUCAGUGCCUUCAACCUAUUAAAAAAAGUGAGUAAAACACGUUCAAAGAAGUACGACAUUCUUUAAAGUGUGUACGGGACGUAACGGGAGUCUUCGUUAUUAAUUUUCAUAGAAACGAUUGUCGAUAUAUAUAGCAAACUCGUACACUGCAUCAUCGAUUUAUAAUCCAUCAGGCAGUCGAUAUAAUAUGAAAAUGGACGUAUCCCGAAAUAUAUUUAUAACGCGCUUAAAGUUUGAACUGAACUUGUACAGUUGACACUAACAACCUUGUAAAACAGGGAAGUGGGCAGCGUGAGAAUGUAAAUAGUCACUCGCGCUGGCAUUCGUCGCCGCUGCCGCUUCCCGACGCGGCAAGUGGGGGCUGAGUGUAAACGCUCACUCGCGUCGUCACUGCCUCAGAAGUAUUCAGAGCAAUAUUGCCGGCAGCGGCAGUGGCUGAAUGUAAACGACUCUUUAAAGUUAUGUGACGAGGGAGUAAUUUGAACACCCACCGUACACGGCACAAGCACUGGCAUUAUAGACCCGCGUAUUUAUUAUUUUAAUGGUAAGGGUGUAAAAAAUGGUAACAUGUAGAGUGGUGAAGGCAAGUAUCAAGUUUACUAACGUCGGUUUGAGUUAAACGUUGUAUAGAAUGAACUUUCCUUGGCAAUAAUCAAGAGAAGCCAUGAUAAAUUACUGUAUAAAAAUUAACAAAACGGUGCGACAUCUUUUCAUAGAUUUCGACAGUUCUUUCAGAAAAAUUCGUGUGAAUUUUACGAAUGAUCAGAGCUGUAACAACUAUUGAUGAGAUAACUUUAUUUUAUUAUUUCUUCUGGAAGUUUGGCUCGACAAACAACUGGCAUCUGUAAAAUUGGAACUAAGUCCGUAUUGCCUUUAUUUACUACGCAAACACCACCAUGACUACAAAAUGUAACCUAUUUUCUUACACAGUACUCAAAUCAUAAUUUCAGUCAAGUAUUUUAAUUUUCGAAUGAAUAAAAUAGAAUGUUUUAUUUCAGUCUUUGUUUUGUAAGUGAUAAAGAUCAUCGGUCUCAUCAUCAUCCCUCAUUAAAUGUAUAUUGACCAAAGUAUUUUUGUACGCGUGUAAGGCUCGAGCGGACAAGCCCAGCUACAUAUUGACAAUAUCUAUGUAUACAGCUGUUCUAGAAGAUUUACACUAAACUAUUCAGAUUAAAUUUAAUCGAAACGUUGGCAAUAAAAAAUAUCAAAUUUUCUGCAAUUUGAAA